AAGGAGGGGCGCUGCGUCUACCUGAGCCGCCCAGGUAUUACCGUUUUCGCAAAUACCGAACCACCGCUAUGAAAAAAGAAUAACAUUUUCAGACAUCAUUUUAUAUGUGGACUCUCCAUGAUGGAUUACAUAAAAAUGCUAAGACGAUUCUUAAUGAAACAGAUGUCCCAGUGGAAAAUAUGGAAGUUUACUUUCAUUAUUUUUAUAUUCUUGGUCAUUUUAGUUUUGUUACAACGAGAAGUAGGGAUUCAGGAUGUUAACAAGGAGCCAAAGAUACCAUCAAAAGAUGGAAAGAUAACUAAUGUACUAGGUCUAGUGUUAAAAGCUGUGAACAAUAUUAAAGCUGCAAACCCAAAAAUGCAGAUUAAAGCACCUAUUAGGCAAACUCAAAAUGCUGGACAGAAACACUGUCCACAAGGAUUAUAUACAGCAGCUGAACUGACGCCUCACCUGACUCGACCCCUUCAGGAUCCUAGUGCUCCAGGAGCUUCUGGUAAAGCAUACAAAACUGUAAAUUUAAGUCCAGAUGAGCAGAAAGAGAAAGAGCAUGGAGAAGAAAAACAUUGUUUUAAUGCCUUUGCAAGUGACAGGAUUUCUUUACAUCGGGAUCUAGGAUCAGACACGCGACCUCCUGAAUGUAUUGAGCAAAAGUUUAAACGCUGUCCUUCACUACCUACAACAAGUGUUAUCAUAGUUUUUCACAAUGAAGCGUGGUCUACUCUGCUAAGAACAGUUUACAGUGUGAUGUAUACUUCCCCAGCAAUAUUACUGAAAGAAAUAAUUUUGGUGGAUGAUGCCAGUGUAGACGAAUACUUGCAGGAUAAACUGGAUGAUUAUGUGAAACAAUUCCACGUAGUUAAAGUUGUCCGACAAAAGGAAAGAAAAGGGCUCAUCUCUGCUCGAUUAUUAGGUGCUUCAAUUGCAACUGGAGAAACCCUCACUUUUUUGGAUGCACACUGUGAAUGUUUUUAUGGCUGGCUAGAGCCUUUGUUGGCCAGAAUAGCCGAAAACUAUACUCGUGUCGUAAGUCCUGAUAUUUCAACUAUAGAUCUCAAUACAUUUGAAUUUAUUAAGCCUUCUCCUUUUGGUCAAAACCACAACAGAGGGAAUUUUGACUGGAGUUUGUCAUUUGGAUGGGAAGCUGUUCCUGAUCAUGAAAACAAAAGAAGGGAAGAUGAAACCUAUCCUAUAAAAACACCUACUUUUGCAGGAGGCCUCUUUUCAAUAUCAAAGGACUAUUUUUACAACAUUGGGAGCUAUGAUGAAGAAAUGGAAAUAUGGGGAGGAGAAAAUAUAGAAAUGUCUUUCCGAGUAUGGCAAUGUGGGGGUCAGAUGGAAAUCAUACCUUGCUCGGUUGUUGGCCAUGUGUUCCGCAGCAAGAGCCCUCAUACCUUUCCAAAAGGGACUCAAGUGAUUACACGUAAUCAAGUUCGUCUUGCAGAAGUCUGGAUGGAUGAAUUUAAAUAUAUAUUUUACCGGAGAAACACAGAAGCAUCAAAAAUUGUUAAACAAAAAAUGUUUGGUGAUCUAUCAAAAAGACACGAAUUAAGGCAACGGUUACAGUGUAAAAACUUUACAUGGUAUCUUAGCAAUGUUUUUCCUGAGGCAUAUGUACCAGACUUGAAUCCUCCAUUAUCUGGAUUUUUAAAAAAUAUUGGAAGAAGAGCAUGUCUGGAUGUUGGAGAAAAUAAUAAUGGUGGCAAACCAUUAAUUAUGUAUACUUGUCAUGGGCUUGGAGGAAACCAGUACCUUGAAUACUCUGCACAUCAUGAAAUUAGACACAACAUCCAGAAGGAGCUAUGCCUACAUGCUUCUCAAGGAGAAGUGCAACUUCAUGAGUGUGGCUACAAAGGAAAGAACAGCAGAGUUCCUGUGGAAGAGAAAUGGGAGAUCCGAGAGGACCAGUUGCUGUACAACGCAGCAUUAAAUAUGUGCCUUACAGGAAAUAGAGAACAUCCAAGCAUGGUAUCAUGUAAUCCCUCAGACCUCUUCCAAAAAUGGUUUUUUGGCCAAAACAAUUAAUUGUUGCUACUGGUAGUUAGGAGAUGUUUUAUAAACAGGAAUAGUAUCUCCUCCAAAAUUAUACUGAUUUAACUUAAAUUAUGCAAA